CAGUUGGUGAAACGUCCACAUUAUUUCCAUCGAAGAUUACUCCGCCAUUACUGAAUAAUGUAAUGACGUGGUUUCUUGACGACACCACAAAGACUUGUCCGGCAAUUAUCUCAUUUCGGAGAGCCUUCUUUUGAAAAGACUCAAGGAAAUCCCUCUGAGGGGCCGACCAAAAAUCCCGCUCGCCAGUAUGUAUCUCUGAAUGGCCUGCGAUAUAUAGUCAACAUUCUCUGAGUUCUGCAUCAGUCGGCUUUGGUUCGAGCAAGAGUGUUGGCAGUUUCAUUUUGGAACGAUAUCGCACGUGAUUUGAGUGAAAGCGUUUCGAAAUUGACAAUAUUAUGGCUACCACGAACGGAGAUCACUGCGCCAAUAACAUCAAAACAAAGAAAUCACUGCCGGUGCUGUCGAGAACUUGGUCUGAGAAUUACGAUAUCACUGACGUUGAAGUGCCCGGAACUCCCAAAACACCUAGGACUUCCACGACACCAGGACAUGAGAAGUGCACAUUCCACCACGAUUUAGAGUUAGAUCACAGACCACCAACUAGAGAAGACAUGCUUCCCGAAAUGUCAAGAUCGUACAAACUGCUACUAGCUUCACUUGGAGAGAAUCCAGAAAGACAAGGCCUGCUUAAAACUCCCGAACGAGCGGCCAAAGCCAUGCUUUUCUUCACCAAGGGAUAUGACCAAAGUCUUGAAGAAGUCCUCAAUGACGCCAUUUUCGACGAAGAUCAUGACGAAAUGGUAGUGGUAAAGGACAUUGAAAUGUUCUCCAUGUGCGAACACCAUUUGGUCCCCUUCUACGGAAAAGUUUCCAUUGGGUAUCUACCCUGCGGCAAAAUUUUGGGUCUAAGCAAGUUAGCAAGGAUAGUGGAGAUCUACUCCAGAAGGUUACAGGUGCAAGAAAGGCUCACCAAACAGAUUGCAGUAGCUGUUACCAAAGCCGUGCAACCCGCUGGAGUUGCCGUUAUCGUAGAAGGAACGCACAUGUGUAUGGUUAUGCGAGGAGUUCAGAAAAUCAAUAGUAAGACAGUUACUUCAACCAUGUUGGGAGUAUUCCGCGAUGAUCCCAAAACAAGAGAGGAAUUUUUAAAUUUAGCUCAGUCUAAAUAAAUUGAACUGUGAAAUUUUGAGAGCUUCAGUCAAAUUCAUUUAUUGAAUGAAAUGAAAUAUUGAAUGUCCAAUUUUCUGUACAAACACCAUUUCCUAGAUAUUUGACCAUUGACUGAAGAGCAAAAGAAAUAAUAAUUGGGUUAAGGUUGUUGAAAAAUUGCUUUAAUUUAUUUAUUUAUAAAAUGUACUUAAAAAUAUAGUGGACCAUAAAAAUAUAUUGACAAUAUAUUGAAGAUGCUAAAGUGAAAGAUAUAUCAAAACAUUUUAUUGUCUAUAUCACUGUGAUAAUGAAAAUUAUAUUGGACGUUACCAUUUUUAUUGUAUUCAAAAAUAUAUUUCAUAUAUUUAUCGGAAUUAUAUCUGGUAAUGUUAUUUCGCCAUAUUGUCUAUUUUCUUUAGGUUUAAUAAAUUUCAGCAAUUGCAGUAUUUGUAUGAAUUAAAUAUUAUUUUAGUAAGUAUGUACGUUAUUCAUAUGAAGACAAUCGAUGUAAGGGCCUGCCUAUCACUGAAUGUAAAAAUAAUUUGAACAAUAAAAAUAUUGUGUAUUGAAA